UUUACACAACAUUAAAGCGUAAGAAUUUAGAAAUUCAGAAUGAAAAUACUAAAUAAAAAGAUAGCAUGUAUUAAUUUGAAAACGCACAGCUUUUUAAAUAAAGUUAAUGUCGGCAAUCAAAGAUUCUUAAGUGAUGUUCUACCGACCACAGAAUUCAAAGUUUUAAAGAAGCAAAAGAAAAGUAAUGAUAUCCCAAAUGUAAAUAACGAAGAACCAAGCCUAUCUAGCGAAUUGAGGGUUAACGAAUUUAAUAUACAGAUGAUUUCUAAGAAUAUAUAUGAGCAACUGUUUAAAAAGCCCAGUUCUUCACCAGAUCCUGAGGUUAUCAAAAGCUGCCAAGAAAGUUUACUCCGACAUGGCAUAGAUUACAAAAAGUGCAGUAAUUAUUUACCUGAUGUAACUCUUAAAUUGCCCAAAUUAGAAGGUCAAGAUAUAGUGGAGCAUUUUCAUAACAUUGGUGAGAAGCAGUGUGCUCCCUAUAGGAGAUUGAUAAAAGAUUUGGCUGGUGCAAGACUGCCUAAUUUACCAAAGAAAUGGUCUAAAACCUGUGGUUGGAGUAGAUAUAAUAAAAACACAAUCGAAGCAAUACCAUGCCCUCCAGAUGAUGCUCUUAUAUUUGAUGUAGAGGUUCUUAUGUCAGCAGGCAAGAGACCCACAUUAGCAUGUGCGGUUUCGGCCAAUGCAUGGUACAGUUGGGUCAGUGAACCUGUUGCCAAUGAGGAAACUCAUAAAUACUUCGAGAGUGUUAACUACGAAGACCUGAUACCUCUGGAGACGGACGGCAUUAAUCCUUGUGGAGAUCUGCAAAGGCCUCGCAUAGUCAUAGGCCACAAUGUUUCUUACGACAGAGCCAAGAUUAAGGAACAAUACUGGCCAAAUAAAACAGGCGUACGUUUCAUGGACACGAUGUCCAUGCACACGUGCGUGAGCGGGGUGACCAGCUACCAGAGAACUGUCCUGAAGACGAAGAAAAAGGAACCAGAUCCCUCCGACGAAGACUGGAUCGAGAUAAGCUCCUUAAAUAGUUUAUCUGAGGUCCACAAGCUGUACUGCGGCAGAACCGUAGACAAAGCGACGCGAGACAUCUUUGUGGACGGUACAAUGCAAGACGUCCACAGUAACUUUCAGAAACUAAUGAAUUACUGCGCUGCUGACGUCAUCGCGACACAUAACGUACUAAAUCGCCUACUGCCGAUGUUCUUAGAAAGGUUCCCGCAUCCCGUGACGUUAGCGGGGAUGCUCGAAUUAGGUAUGGCGUACCUCCCUAUAAAUUCGAAUUGGACUCAGUACAUAGAUUCGGCUGAAACAGUAUUCGAGGAUAUGAAGCUUGAGUCGCGUCAGUUAUUGUCUUUGAAGGCCGAUGAGGCGUGUCGUCUUAUGGAGAACGAGGCCUACAAAAAGGACCUCUGGAUGUGGGACCAGGACUGGUCGGUGCAGAAAUUAAAAUUAAAAAAACAAACAAUCAAAAAAAAGAACGUUGUCGCCGAAGUAAGAACGGAAGCGGAUGUCGAAUGCACUAAUCGAAAAUUGACCAAUGAGAGCACAGAAGAAGUCUCAACUGAAGAAAAAACAUUUGAUAUUCUGAACGAAGAAUACAUAGAUUACGUUGAAAAUGCUAACAGGAUCAAAGGUACUGGUGCAGAUCGAACGGAAGCAGAAUUCAAAUAUUUGUUCGAUCUCGAGAAGUUGUUGCCAGUUAAAAGGCCUCUGUUGCCCGGAUAUCCGGCUUGGUACCGGAAACUGUGCACGAAGCCCGGCAAAGAUCCGGAUUGGGCGCCUGGAGCCAACAACAUCACGACAAGUAUGCAGAUAACUCCAAAACUCCUGCGUCUAUCCUGGGAAGGUUACCCCCUACACCACGUAAAGUCUGAGGGCUGGGGCUUCAUGGUUCCAUUCAGCAGGGAGGUACGCGACGAGGAGAACCCUCGCCUGCCUCUCGAGCAGCUGUUGGAGAAAUGCCCUUUGCUAUUCAGUAAGGGAGAAGUGGAUACUGAUUUGUAUGUACUACCGAAGACUGUUGAGGAGGACCUCGGCAGACGGGCGUACUACGCGAGAAAGACUAUCGAAGAGAAGGCUGCUGCUAAUCAGUACCACGGCCUCGGAGUGUGGUGUGGCAUACAGCUGCAAGGUUGUUGCCAUUUUUUGAGACUACCCCACAAAGACGGGCCGAAAUACAAAGUGGGGAAUCCCCUGGCGAAGGAUUUCUUGGACAUGUUCAGCCAGAACGUGCUCUCCGCUCAGGGGAACGAAGCUGAAAAGGUCCUGUCGUUCGGUCGCAUGAUGUCGUACUGGCGCAACAACAGGGAGCGCAUAAUGGGCCAGCAGGCCGUGUGGCUUCCGGCCCGGCUGCAGCCCGCGGGCGCCUCGCAAUGCGGGGCCAUCAUACCGCAGGUCGUGGUCGCCGGCACCCUCACUAGGCGAGCGAGCGAGCCGACCUGGAUGACGGCGAGCAACGCGCACCGCGAGCGCGUGGGCUCGGAGCUGCGGGCGGCCGUGCAGGCGCCGCCCUCCGCGCGCCUCGUGGGGGCCGAUGUGGACUCGCAGGAGCUGUGGAUCGCGUCGUUGCUGGGAGACAGCUCGCUGGGUGUGUGCGGGGGCACGGCGCUGGGCUGGGCCGUGCUGGCGGGGGACCGCGCGCGCCACACCGACCUGCACUCGCUCACGGCCGCCGCGAGUGGCAUCUCCCGGGACCACGCUAAGGUCAUCAACUACGCACGGAUCUACGGAGCCGGUCAAAACUUCGCGGAGAGAUUGCUGAAACAGUUCAAUCCGACUAUGACGAUAUCCGAAGCCAAGAGCAAGGCGGCUAAGAUGUUCGCGACCACCAAGGGCAAGCGGAUCUACACGCUGAAGAAGCAAUACAUGGAGGGGUUCAUGGACGAAGACUUGGAGGGCCAGGCGCUCGAGAUGAACAGUUACCAGGCGACGAGGCUCGCCAAGCUGACAGGGAGGCCAGUGGAGGAUAUGUUCGACAGGCCCAAGUGGGUGGGCGGCACCGAGUCCGAAAUGUUCAACAAACUGGAGGAGAUCGCUGACUCGGCGGCGCCCCGCACGGCGUUCCUGUCGGCGCGGCUGUCCCGCGCGCUGGAGCGGGCCGCGCCGCGCUGGGCCGCCACGCGCCUCAACUGGGCCGUGCAGAGCGCCGCCGCCGACUUCCUGCACCUCAUGCUGGUCAGCAUGGCGCAUCUAGCUCCGGAAGCCAGGUUCUGUCUGAGUUUCCACGAUGAGGUUCGUUACUUGGUUCCCGAGGAGCGGAAGUACGAGGCGGCCCUGGCACUACAGAUCACUAACUUACUCACGAGAGCAUUCUGUUCGCAAAGGGUCGGCAUAAACGAUUUGCCACUCUCGGUGGCGUUCUUCACGUCAGUCGAAGUCGACCAAGUGCUGAGGAAGGAAUCCAACAACAGCUGCGUGACGCCGUCGAACCCUCACGGCUUGGAGAAAGGAUACGGAAUUCCGAAUGGCGAAUCCUUGAACAUAUUCGAUGUGUUGGAAAAAUGUAAAAUAAAAUAA